UCUUUCCCUUUCACUCGCUACUUUCCUUCUUUGCUGCCUCAUAUCACUCUUCUUCUUGGGUUUCUUUCUUUCUUUCAUUCUUUCUUCUCAUACAAUUUCUAAUUUCAAUCUCGUCGUCUUCCAAGCAGCAAACCUAAGAACCAAAAAUGGCUCUCAGACUGAAUCCUCUUCCAACCCAAACCUUCGCUCUUCCUCAGAUGGCUAGCCUCAGAUCUCCCAAGUUCCACAUGGCUUCCACCCUCCGCUCUGGUUCCAAAGAGGUUGAAAAUAUUAAGAAGCCUUUCACGCCUCCGAGAGAAGUGCAUGUUCAAGUGACCCAUUCUAUGCCUCCCCAGAAGAUUGAGAUUUUCAAAUCGUUGGAGGAUUGGGCUGAGCAGAACGUCUUGACUCUCCUUAAACCUGUAGAAAAAUGUUGGCAACCACAGGAUUUUUUACCAGAUCCUUCUGCAGAUGGAUUUGACGAGCAGGUGAGAGAACUGAGAGCGAGAGCGAAGGAGCUUCCUGAUGAUUACUUUGUUGUUCUGGUUGGGGACAUGAUCACGGAGGAAGCCCUUCCUACUUAUCAAACAAUGUUAAAUACAUUGGAUGGAGUUCGUGAUGAAACAGGCGCUAGCCUUACUUCCUGGGCAGUUUGGACUAGGGCAUGGACUGCUGAAGAAAAUAGACACGGUGAUCUUCUUAAUAAGUAUCUUUACUUAUGUGGACGAGUUGACAUGAGACAAAUUGAGAAGACAAUUCAGUACUUGAUUGGAUCAGGAAUGGAUCCUCGGACUGAGAACAGUCCCUACCUUGGUUUCAUUUACACUUCAUUUCAAGAGAGGGCAACCUUCAUAUCCCACGGAAACACAGCCAGGCUUGCUAAGGAGCAUGGUGAUAUAAAGUUGGCCCAGAUCUGCGGCAUGAUUGCCUCGGAUGAGAAACGCCAUGAGACUGCAUACACAAAGAUAGUGGAAAAGCUGUUUGAGGUUGACCCUGAUGGAACUGUUAUGGCGUUUGCAGACAUGAUGAGGAAGAAAAUUGCCAUGCCAGCUCAUCUUAUGUAUGAUGGCCUUGACGACAACCUGUUUGAUAACUACUCUGCUGUAGCCCAACGCAUUGGGGUCUAUACUGCCAAGGACUAUGCUGAUAUACUUGAAUUUCUGGUGGGGAGGUGGAAGGUGGAGGAUCUAACAGGACUAUCAAGCGAGGGAAGGAAGGCUCAGGAUUACGUUUGUGGGCUGCCACCAAGAAUCAGAAGGUUGGAGGAGAGAGCUCAAGCAAGAGUCAAGGAGUCAUCAAAAAUUCGAUUCAGUUGGAUUCAUGACAGGGAAGUACUACUCUAAAUGCACCAAGGGGAAGCAUCGUGAAUGUUCCUGGAAAACCAUUCUGAGAAAUGUUGAAUAGUUGAAGAUUCAGUAUGUCAUUUUUUUAAUUCUCUUUUUGCCUUUUUUUUGGUCUGUUAUAUGUCACUGUAAGGUGAAACAGUUGUUCUUGCAUGGUUCGCAAGUCACGCAAUUAGGGGCAACUGUAGUAUUAGAAAUGCUAUUUUUUGUUUCCCUUUUAUUUGUGGUAGUGAUGUCUGUUGAAGCAUAAGCAAAACGUUUUUCUAUGGCAAUUUUGAUGAUAAAGAAAUUUAGUUCUUCCGUGGUUGGAUA